AUGCUAGAAAUGCCACAAGAUGCACAAAAUAUUGUUCGAUUAGCAGCUAUGAUCAUCUGGUGCUGGCAAUUCACUGUUUUUCAGGCCUUGGGCUUCCUGGGGGUCCAGGGCCGUUCCUCGGAGAGCAGAAAAUUUGAAACAGAGUCUUGGCAGAGCUCGGAGAUUGGGAAACUAAGAGCGCUAGACCAGCCGCGCUCCUGCCGCCCCAGCCCUGCGGGGCUUUCUGCCUCGGAGGCCGUCGCCCCAGAGAGCCGGCUUGUCCCCUCCGAGGCCCCCGGAGCGCAGGCCGGCUUGUCCCCUCCGAGGCCCCCGGAGCGCAGGCCGGCUUGUCCCCUCCGAGGCCCCCAGAGAGCCGGCGGGCUUCUCCCUCGGAGCCCCCGGAGCGCCGGCCGGCUUGUCCCCUCCGAGGCCCCCGGAGCGCAGGCCGGCUUGUCCCCUCCGAGGCCCCCGGAGCGCAGGCCGGCUUGUCCCCUCCGAGGCCCCCGAGCGCCGUGGCCGUUCAGCGGGACAUGGAGGUCACUGGGCAUUGGGACGCGUGCGUUGGACGCCUGGGGACGCCCGCCGGCGCGUCCCGGCCGCGCCCGCGGAGCUGGGUCAGGCCUGGCCAGCGGGACGGCAGGCCCGGUCCCCACUCGCGGAGCCGUUCUGUCCAGCAGCGGGGCCGGAGCGCGGGGAGGUCGUCUCCACCCCGCCGUGGGACUCAGAGGUGGAGGGAACUGGAAACACCGGGACGCUGGGGGCCCGCGAACCAAGGGGGUGGGAGCGAAGGGUCGCCACGCGCACGGGCAGCCCCCAGCACCAGAGCAUCCGCGGGAGCUCAGGACUCUCUGGUCGCCCCACCGGUCCCUGCAGGACGACUGGAGAGCGACUGUCCCAUUGGGCCAACGUGCACCAUUUCCAUCAGGAGCCCCGCGGGUGGCUAACGCCCAGGCUGCUCCCUGGGCAGAGCCAAACACCGCCAGCCCGGCCGGCCGCAGGCCCCUUGUUACUCUGCGAAACCAAGUGAAAAGGAACAUAGUGUUGAAGGGGAAAAGGUCUCAGCAAAAGAGGGGAAUGGGGGCAGAGCCAGCUCUUCCAGUCUUUCCUUACAAACCAUGAGUAGGGAGUUGGGGUGUUGAUUGAAUAAAUGUGAAGCCACGGGCAUUGGUUUUGUUUGUUUGUUGGUUGGUUGGUUGGUUUUUGUUUUAAGGGAGCUGAUACAGUCAGUCAUCUUCCCUUCCACGCCUCUUCCUUCCCGGAUCCUCUUCCCUGUCCCCCACCAACACCAAGGUGACUCUUAUUCCCCACACACCCAGGGCAAGAGAAACACAGUCCCCGGGCAACCCCACUCUUUCACUAGUAACUGUUUUCUCUCUGCUGCCUACAUAGGCCCUGGCACAGGAUACGAAAUGAUACUAUGGUAAUGACAGCUAACACAGAGCACCGUGUUAAUGGCUUAGCAGGAAAUGCGCCUUUUGACUCUCAAGUAAAAGCAGCCUAGAAUCCAUCACCCAUUUCUUUGGACACGACUAUCAGUAGCAUCAUCAACUCCACCGUGGCGACUUCC